AUGGCCGUACAAUACGAGGAGUCCGGUGCCGCAAAUAUAGCCGAUCCUGCCCCGGCAAUUGAUAUGCAAGAAUACAAGGCCACGGUCCCACUAUGGAAGCGUGUGUGGCAGCACAGCUUGACCCAAAUGAUGCUCUUAAGUGUCCAGGCAUUCUGCGGUCCUGCUAUGGCUGAUGCAAUCACUGGCCUCGGUGGAGGUGGCCUGGCAACUCCGCAGGUUUCCAAUAUAUCCAACGCCAUCAAUUAUGCGAUGUUAGCAUUGGUGUGCUUUCUUGGUGGUCCCAUUGUGAACAAAAUUGGCGUCAAGUGGGCUUUAGUGCUCGGAUCAAUGUCAUUUCCCAUCCAAGGAUCGGCCUAUUACUGCAACAGCAAAUUCGGAAACCAGUGGUACCUUAUCUUCAGUGGUGCUAUUAGUGGAAUCGGGACCGCUUGUUGGUAUGUGGCCGAGGCUGGGUCUAUCAUGACACUAGCCCCAUCCGGAGCCCGUGGGAAAUAUCUAGCUUUAUGGAUUGUGUCGCGAAAUUUGGGCCAGCUAGUUGGAGGUGCUAUGAACCUGGCGAAGAAUCAUAAGAAAGGAGCCGACGGCGGUGUCACCCCAGACACCUAUCUUGCAUUUGUGAUCAUUGAAUGUAUUGCGCUGCCAUUUGCCCUCUUGAUUGCUCCAUUUGAGCAUGUUGUCAGAUCUGAUGGCAGCAAGAUCAUUAUUUCGGAAAAGCUUUCUACCAAAAAAGAGCUUAGGCAAAUUGUGAAAACCAUCACCUCGAAACUGAUUAUCCUAUCGGCACUAUGGGCAUUGUGGUCAUUCUUCUACAGCGGUACAUGGUCUACAUACCUAGGGUCGUACUUCUCCGUUCGCGCGCGUGCACUGUCGUCGUUAAUUUCCCCAUUCUUCUGCAUUGUCGGCUGCUUUGGUCUUGGAUUCAUUCUCGACAUGAAAGGUGUCAGUCAGCGCCGACGCGCCCAGAUCGGCCUAUACACUGUCGUUGUACUCAACGUGGGUGUAUACAUUUGGUCCAUUGUGAUGCAGGUCAAGUUCAACCAUCACGAUCCAGGAAAGAUUGACUGGGAUGACGGCCUAUAUCCAUCAUCUUUCCUGCCAUACUUCUUUGUACAGACAACCGGCCCAUUAUCACAGUCGUACAUGUACUGGCUACUGUCUUCUUUCGCUACAGACGCACAAGAAAACGUCCGCAAUGGCGCUGCCUUCAGAUGCAUUGAGGCCAUCGGCCAAGCCAUUUCUUAUGCGAUGAAUACCCAAACAACGAGCGAUCCUCUUACUGGCUUCUGCGUUAGUUUCGGUCUCCUUGCUGUUGCUUUGUAUCCAAUGGCAAAGUUGGUGAACACAACACCCGAUCGUAUCCCCGCCGAUGUAGUCGCCGAGCAGCAAACUAUCAUGCCAGCGAAGAUGGAGCCUGUCUGA